GAGGGAGAGAGGGGAAAAAAGAGCCGUCUGUCAGUGUUAUUCCCCGGUGUGGAGGUACAGAGGCAGAGGGGGGAGAGAGAGGACCACCAGCGCUGUAAAACUCUCAUUUUGACCCGACUCAACGCAUUUCACCGCCUCUCCAGCUGAUCUGAAGCUCUGGUCCUCAUCUCUGGCUGGAGUGGACAGCUGCCCCCCAUCCCACCCCAGUGAAGAGCACCAUGACCCAGGAGGGGCAGGCUCUGCCCUCUCCCACCCCACCUGCAAACACAUUGGAGCCCGAUACGACGACCACAGCGACCACGAAUGCGGCUGACCCGCCCGCAGAGACACACACUCAGCCAGAGCAGGACAAGCUGGGGGCUGGAGUCAAGGAUGAGGUAGAGGAAGGGAUCAGAGAAGGAGAGGAGGAGGAGGAGGAAGGGGCUGCGCAGGUACAGGAGACACACGGUGAAGGAGAAGGUAGGGAGGAAAUAAAGGAGGAGGAAGGAGAGCUUGAGUUGAAAGAGGAGGAGAGGGUAGAUGGCCCUGGAGAUGAGCAUCAGCAGACAGACAGCAGGGAGGAAGAGGAGAGGGAAGGAUGUAUAAAUGUAAGCUCAACAGGGGAGGAGGCAACCCACGAAGAGGAGCAGAUUAAAGAAGAUGAAAACAAAGAGAUGUCAUCAUCUACAGAAGAGGAGGCAACUCAUCCUCAACAAGCUGAACAACUAGCAAAUGGCAUAGGUGGUAAUGAAGAGGAUGAUGAAGCAGGUGAGGACCAAGGCAGAGAGGAUGGAGGGGUCACACACUUGGACACUUUCAGCUCCAACUUUGAGACGACUGUAGAAGAGGCAGACACAGAGGUGGAGGAUGAAGAGGAGGAGGUUCAAAAAGAAGGAGAAGAGACAGAAAACCACGACACUUUCAGCUCUGCUUUUGAGGAAAUUGUUGAGCAGGUUGAUGCACAGGAGGAAGAUGAGGAGGAAGAAGACAGGGAGUUGGAGGAGAGGGACACAGGUAGGGUAGACAACAAAGACGGCUUCAGCUCCACAUUCGAGCGCAUUGUGGAAUCUGCCCUGCUGAGGGGUGGGACAUGCUACAGUAGCCUGGACUCUCUAGACGUGUUGUCGCUCACAGAUGAGACCGACAGUUGCGUCAGUUUUGAGGCACCACUGACGCCACUCAUCCAACAGAGGGCGCUGUUACAGUGCCCUGAACCCCUGGAGCUGGAGCUGGCAACUGUUCAGGAGCAAGAAGGGGCCGAGGCUGGACCAGACGCCCCAGGUGGAGAUCUAACAGCUGGGGACACCAAUGAUGGUGGUGCUGGAGCUGCAGCCGGCAUAGGUGGAAGCCCGCUGAGGACCACCAUACCCGGGAGCAGGUCUGAGUUUGUGCUGAGCCAGCCUGGACGCUGGGCCAUUCCAAAUGGUUACCACAUAGACUCCCAAGGUGCUACAGAAGGUUGUGGAGCAAUGCACAACUCCGUCAGUGAUGCCAACCUCACAGACGCGCUGUCUGACUCAGAGGAGUGUGAUUUGGGCAGUCUGGAGCGUUUGGAGCGUGGCAGCACCGACACUUUGGCCAAUGGCUGCCGAGCCGACUCUGAAGCUGCCAAGAGGUUGGCCAAACGCCUUUAUCACCUAGAGGGCUUCAAACGCUGCGAUGUGGCCAGACACCUGGGCAAGAAUAAUGACUUCAGCCAGCUGGUGGCAUCAGAGUACCUGAGCUUCUUUGAUUUCACCGGCCUGUCUCUGGAUCGAGCCCUGAGGAACUUCCUAAAGGCCUUCCCCCUGAUGGGAGAGACCCAGGAGAGAGAACGGGUCCUUGUACAUUUCUCAAGACGCUUCUGCCACUGCAACCCACAGACACUCACCUCUGAAGACGGAGCCCACACAUUAACCUGCGCCCUCAUGCUGCUCAACACGGACCUACAUGGACAUGUGAACAUUGGAAAGAAGAUGUCCUGCCAGCAGUUUAUCAGUAAUCUGGAUGGCCUCAACCAUGGCAAGGACUUCCCCAAAGACUUAUUAAAGGUCUUGUAUAACUCAAUAAAGAAUGAAAAGCUGGAGUGGGCAGUUGAGGAGGAGGAGCUGAGGAAGAGUCUAUCCGAGCUGGUGGAGGAGCAGUGUGAGGGCGGGAGUAAACGUGUUGCCAGGGUAACGGAUGGCAGUAACCCUUUCAUUGCCAUCCCCAUCCUCCUCAAUGCUGUCACCUACAAACAUGGAGUACUGACCCGCAAAAGCCACGCCGAUAUGGACGGCAAACGCACUCCAAGGGGUCGGAGAGGUUGGAAGAAGUUCUAUGCGGUUCUGAAGGGGAUGAUCUUGUAUCUCCAGAAGGAUGAGUACAAACCUGAUGCUGACAUUUCUGAGGUGGACCUGAAGAAUGCAGUGCGGAUCCACCACGCUUUAGCCACACGUGCCACUGACUAUAGCAAAAGAGCCAAUGUACUGAAGCUGAAAACAUCCGACUGGAGGGUGUUUCUGCUGCAGGCCCCGAGUGAGGAGGAGAUGAUGUCCUGGAUCUUUCGGAUAAAUCUGGUGGCAGCACUCUUCUCUGCGCCAGCCUUCCCUGCUGCCAUCGGCUCCAUGAAGAAAUUCUGUCGACCCAUCCUGCCGUCUUCAUCCACCAGACUCAAACAGGAGGAGCAGCUGCUGAGCCACGAGAGUAAACUGAAGCAGAUGAGCCUGGAGCUAGAGGAGCAUCGGAAAAACCCACCCUCUUCUGACCCCAAAAGCCGCGAUUGGGAGGAGUACCGCCUCAAAGAGCACUACCUCACAUAUGAGAAGACUCGGUAUGAGACGUAUAUCAGCCUCCUGCAGGCCAAAAUUCGUGCGGAGACGGAUGACCUUGAGAAGAUCGAGGCCAGCGUGAUGGGUGGUCUGCUCAUGGAAGGUGGCCUGGCCGGCCGUGAGUGCCAUCUCCGCAAGACGCAGUCAUCUCCGUCCAUCAGCCAGGCUCACGGCGGGUUAAAUGGGAGGGCCACUGGAUGCACUGUCCCAGGACAGAGGAGCUGAGACAGAGGAGGUCCGACAGACUGUAGUCCAAAUGAUAGUAACCCCCUCCUCAAGCUGUAUUAGCUUAUAUCCUACACCUUAAUAGUAGGCUUUUUCUGUUUCAGGCUCCUCCAUUUCCUUUUUUCUGCUCCUGAACUAAUGCACAAUAGUGUUUAUUGUACGUACAGUGAUGGGCAGACAGCUUAUCAGUCCUGGCGAUGCAUUUUUUGUUCUCAAGCAAUAGAUGAAGGUGAAGAUCCUGCCCUUGAUACAACUGACUCUACCAGACCUCAGUUCGUUGUUGUUGCACAUUAAAAAUGAUCACAUCUGUGAUCACUAUUUAUAGCAGCAUCAUCAGUAUUAUUUGUGCUGAAACUCAGAGCAACGCAGUUACAUUUAGUUGAAAUGUGUUUUAGUUAUGAGCAGAAGUUUAUAAUUUAUUAGUCUGAGGUCACAAUGGGAAGAAAGAGAGUCCUGACAUGAGUGAGAGUGAACGGCUCUGAAGUGUCCUGAUCAGAGACAUCAGCUGUCAUCAGUUCACGCUCGCCUGGUCUGACUGGCCUUUGUCCUGUCUGUCCUGUCCUUGUUCUACCGUCCAGGUGGGGAGAUGAAGAUGGAGAUGGUACUGCUGUAGCAUUUUGACCUUUUUUCGCACAACCAGCCACUCACAUUUGUGUAUGGACCUACAGUGUUGGUGGAGUGUGGUGUGACGAUAGGUGUCCUGAAGUUAAAUCCAAAAAACUGACAAAUACAAACUCAGAGGACUUCUACGAAGGAUCAAGUCCCUGCCAUGUAUAGCAUAUUUAUUUAUUUAAUUCUCCAAACCUUUAUUAAUUCACCCCAGGACGGGUUUACGAGAGCGAGCUGGCUCUUCUUCAGUAUCACUCAUAACGUAUAUUUACAUGUGUAUAGGAGCUGCCAAGUGGAACCAUAGUUUUUAUUGUUCAGUGCUAAGCUGCUCCACCGGAGGAACUGCAGGUUGAGUGCCUUACUCAAGGGCACCUCGACACUAGUUGUUGGGGGGUUUUAAGAGAUGUGCUUCAUCAGUGUCCAAACCGCUGAAAGGACUUGAAUCAGUGAGAUCACAAGUCUUUUAUUCUGUGAUUUUUAUGCCCAAAAUACGGAUGUGUAUUCAAUUAUUCUGUUUGUUUUCAACAGCUUAAAGCUGAACUGAAGAGGAUAACAGUAUGUGACUGACUGAAAGCACUGUGCCAUGUUCUGUUUUAUUCCACCAUUUACUGCUUUUCAUGUGCCAUGACUGAAUGCACUGAACUGAUAAAGCUGAUAGUAGAACAAUAUACAGCUGGGUAUAAGGUUUGUGAAGACUGAAAUGCAAUGAAGGGCAGAACAGGAAAGUGUGGGUGGUAGGCACAUGAGUGGGUCAGCUAAUAUGUGUGUGCAUCGGCAUGCUUUUUUAAAACUGGUUCCAGAUGAGAUGUAGCUGUAGGCAACAGGAAGAAGUAAAUAUAGCAGGGUUAUGUUUUGUAUUUAGAAUUCAAAAGUAUUACAGGUAGCAUGUUUGAUGAGAAACAAUCCAACAGCCUUCUGCUGAAUAAGACUGCCUUUACAAUCAGGCCUGGAUCUCUCCAAAGCAUCUUCAGCUCAUUCAAAAUGAAAUUACCUUUAAAUCUAACCACUUUUUGGUCUCAUUUAAGCUUUUAAUGUGAAAUUGAUCUUACCAUGACAUAUUUGGUCAUAUGUCUGGUCUGGUAGAUUUCUACCAGAGCCACCAUUCCCAGCAAAUGAGGAUGUUUUUGAGAGCAGGCCCUGGCCUUUCUUAAACAGAGACUUGCUGGUUUGGAGUGUACAGCAGCAGGCCUGCUCCAGUUUAGCAUGUGAAAGUCAAGAAACGUAUCAGCAUCCUGGAACAGAAAGAGGAACAGUAGAACUCCACCAGCAGAUAGCUAUCAAAACACCCUUGAUGUAGGUGAGGAGAAGCAGGAGUUUUCCCAUCUCCUGUUUCCUUAGAAUGAGCAUUAGGGUUGGUUUUCUAGGUAAAGGCCAUUUAUACCAACCAAGAACGGGCACAACUGACAUUCAGCACACAUUUUCAAUUUGGGGAACACAGCGUCUGAAGCCUGUUUUUCACAGAAAGAGGAUUGUUUAAUUGUGGAACAUGGGGUGAAAGGGCUGGUGGUACUGUUUGUGAGCACCUUAAUUGAUUCCAACCCACCCAAACACACACACACACACACACUUCUCUUUCUACAUAAUUUGCUGACGACACAACUGUAGAUCAGUGAGCUAGUGCCCCCUCACUCAGCCACAGUGCGGCACAUGUUGACAUAAGCAGAGCUGUGGGUAUCUACACUAUGAACAAUCAUAUCUUUGGCUCUGGACACAGUGCUUCUGCUGCUUCGUAUAUCAUAUUAAUAGUGACUGAUGGGAUCUGAGAUCCUCUUGGGACUUGGCUGGAAACCUGAAAUCACAGCUGGAACCGGAUCCUUGUACAGACCAAAACGCUGAAACGGAGUUAAGUUUUCAGUGAGGAAGUACCAUUUUAUAAAGCUGUAUUGUGAGGAUAAAUAACUGCUUUCUUACAGGGAGACAUCCCCUAUAGUCACUUUGGCUGUUGUGCUAACCAUUGUUUCCCGAUGUUCUAGGGUAGGCCUGUGCUGUAAUAUAGGAUUGUGAGAAAAUAUUUGUUGAUGUUAUGUUUUAUUUAAAAAACGACAACUUCGGCACUUUUGAUGUCAGCAUUGGAUCUGUCUUUUUGUUUGAUUUGUUUGUAUAUCUGAACUGUUUUUGACAGGAUGCUCAUACUAUGUAAAGGACAUAUUUACUGAAUAUUUAGUCUGUGCUUCAUAAAGUAAGCUUUUAUACAGACA